UUGUCAGCACUCUGAUGUCAUGUGUUCUGGAUGCUCGGAGAGGGAGUGGAGGAGUCAAUGUGCGGUACAAUCCGCCGUGGGUUCUACAUCUGCAAGUUAGAUACUGGACCCUGAGCAGUGACUUUCUGUCAGUAAUCUGCAAACUUCGGCUUCCACAGUAGGAGUCCUUAAAGAGACCGACGAAGGGAGUAGUCCAGUUUUUUUCCCGAUCAUCGCCGAUAAGAACAUCAUUCUGGUAUAUCGAGAGCUGAGAGGCAUUCUGACAACGCGCGGAGCAGUGGAAUCAAGCAGGUUCUGAAACAAUGGAGACACCCGUGGAAAUUUUUAAAGACGAUGCUAACUGUUUCUCGCAUUUCUCAGAGGAGUGUAUUACGAACACCACCUGGCUUUCCAGUUACUUUGACCCGGACAAUAUCACACACGAAAACAGCCACUGGACAAAUCACACCAUGUCGCCUAUUAUUCCUAUAAUAACUGCCGUUUACUCAGUGGUCUUCGUGGUUGGCUUAGUAGGGAACUGCUUGGUUAUGUAUGUAAUUAUCAGGUAUACAAAGAUGAAGACUGCUACCAAUAUCUACAUAUUUAAUUUAGCGGUUGCAGAUGCUCUGGUUACCACCACAAUGCCCUUUCAGAGUACAGACUAUUUGUUAAGUUCAUGGCCUUUUGGGGAAGUGGUGUGCAAAAUAUUUAUUUCAAUUGAUUACUAUAACAUGUUUACUAGUAUUUUUACUUUGACCAUGAUGAGUGUUGAUCGCUAUAUUGCUGUGUGCCACCCAGUAAAGGCCCUUGAUUUCCGCACUCCACUUAAAGCAAAGGUAAUCAAUGUAUGCAUAUGGAUAUUGUCAUCGGCAGCUGGAAUACCUGCUCUCAUACUUGGAAGCACUCAAACUAAAGAUGGUACUACUGAAUGUGCUUUACAGUUCCCUGAACCCUACAUGUACUGGGACACCCUGAUGAAAAUUUGCGUUUUUAUUUUUGCAUUUGUUGUGCCUGUUCUGAUCAUCACUGUGUGUUACACCCUGAUGAUUUUGAGACUGAAGAGUGUGCGGCUCCUUUCUGGAUCAAGAGAAAAGGACAGAAACUUGCGCCGCAUCACAAGACUGGUGUUGGUAGUGGUUGCUGUUUUCAUUGUUUGCUGGACACCUAUACAUAUUUUUAUUUUAGUAAAGGCCUUAGCAAAUGUUCCAGAAACCACUUCCUUGAUGGCAGGCUACUUUUUUUGUGUGGCACUUGGCUAUACCAAUAGCAGUCUUAAUCCCAUUCUUUACGCAUUUCUGGAUGAAAACUUUAAAAGGUGUUUCAAAGACUUCUGCUUUCCUCCAAAACUGAAGAUAGAAAGGCAAGGUGCCAGCAAGGUAAGAAGUACUAUUCAUCAUCCAGAGGAAAAUGUUGAUGGGACUAGCAAACCGGUAUGA